AUGGAGCGCUCCCCGCCCGACGGACCGCUGAACGCGUCGGGGGCGCUGGCAAGCGAGGCGGCGGCGGCGGGCGGAGCGCGCGGCUUCUCCGCCGCCUGGACCGCGGUGCUGGCGGCGCUCAUGGCGCUGCUCAUCGUGGCCACGGUGCUGGGCAACGCGCUGGUCAUGCUCGCCUUCGUGGCCGAUUCGAGCCUCCGCACACAGAACAACUUCUUUCUGCUCAACCUCGCCAUCUCCGACUUCCUCGUGGGGGCCUUCUGCAUCCCCCUGUACGUGCCCUACGUGCUGACUGGCCGCUGGCCCUUUGGCCGGGGCCUCUGCAAGCUGUGGCUCGUGGCGGACUACCUGCUCUGCGCCUCCUCUGUCUUCAGUAUCGUGCUCAUCAGCUAUGACCGCUUCCUGUCGGUCACCCGAGCCGUCUCCUACCGGGCCCAGCAGGGCGACACGCGGCGGGCAGUGAGGAAGAUGGUGCUGGUGUGGGUGCUGGCCUUCCUGCUCUACGGACCCGCCAUCCUCAGCUGGGAGUCCCUGUCGGGGGGCAGCUCCAUCCCCGAGGGCCACUGCUACGCCGAGUUCUUCUACAACUGGUACUUCCUCAUCACGGCCUCCACCCUCGAGUUCUUCACGCCCUUCCUCAGCGUCACCUUCUUCAACCUCAGCAUCUACCUGAACAUCCAGAGACGCACCCGUGUCCGGCUGGAUGGGGCAUGCGAGGCGGCUGCCUCGGAGCUUUCCCCCGAGGCCCGGCCCUCCCCGCCGCCGGCUGCCCCCAGCUGCUGGGAUUGCUGGCAGAAGGGGUGUGGGGAGGCCGUGCCGCUGCACAGGCGUGGGGUGCGGGGCGGCGAGGCAGCCCCAGGCACGGGGGCCGAGGCUGGGGAUGCAGCCCUCGGGGGUGGCAGCGGUGGAGGUGCCGCGACCUCGCCCACCUCCAGCUCUGGCAGCUCCUUGAGGGGCACCGAGCGGCCGCGCUCACUCAAGCGGGGCUCCAAGCCAUCCACAUCCUCGGCGUCCCUGGAGAAGCGCAUGAAGAUGGUGUCCCAGAGCAUCACCCAGCGCUUCCGGCUGUCGCGGGACAAGAAGGUGGCCAAGUCGCUGGCCAUCAUCGUGAGCAUCUUUGGGCUCUGCUGGGCCCCAUACACACUCCUGAUGAUCAUCCGGGCCGCCUGCCACGGCCCCUGCGUCCCCGACUACUGGUACGAGACGUCCUUCUGGCUGCUGUGGGCCAACUCGGCCGUCAACCCUGUCCUCUACCCGCUGUGCCACUACAGCUUCCGCCGGGCCUUUACCAAGCUGCUCUGCCCGCAGAAGCUCAAGAUGCAGCCCCCCAGCUCCCUGGAGCACUGCUGGAAGUGA